UUUACAAACGAAGUAUCCGUUUUCCCUCCAAUUUUAUUGGCAGUUUACGUUGUCUUGUGUUUUUGUUUUGUCAAGUUUUAAUUGCUUUCUUCAGUUUUCUAUGUUAAAUUAAAAGUUAAAACUACCUUAGGUCGCUGUCGGUAAAUUAAACUAAUUGUUAGUAUAAUUUACAGAAGAAGUGUUUUAAAAGUUACCUUUUGGUAAAAUGGAAAUUGACGAUUUACCAUACAGAGUAGAAUAUGCUAAAAGCGGCAGGUCCAAAUGCAAAGGAUGUAAAGAAGGAAUUGAAAAGGAACAUUUAAGACUUGCCGUUAUGAUUCAAUCUCCAGUGUUUGAUGGAAAACAACCCAAUUGGUACCAUAUCAAUUGUUUUUUUGUAAAACAACGGCCAAAAGAAGUUUCAGAUAUUGCACAUUUUGAAUCAAUAAAAUGGGACGAUCAACAAAUAAUAAAGACAAAAUUAGAAUCUUUAGUUGGUACUCCUGCACAAGAAACCAAAAAAAAAAAAAAUGCCAUUAACAGAAAAAUAAAUCAAGAUUUUAACGUAGAAUAUGCUAAAUCAGGUAGAGCAGUUUGUUGUGGAUGUCAGGAUAAAAUAGUUAAAGAUGAUUUACGUAUAGGUAAAAUGGAUUAUGAAAGUGAAGAAGCUCGUCGUUUUGGUGGAAUUAAUAGAUGGCACCAUUUGGAAUGUUUUACUAAGUUAAGGACUGAAUUAGGGUUUUUGGGUUAUGGUUGCACCUUAUCUGGGUACUCAAGCUUGAAAGUUGAAGAUAAAAAUCAGUUACGAAAUCUGCUACCUGGUAUAGCCAAUCUAACUACUUCUACCAACAGUACAGAUAAUACUGAUUCACCAGGUCCAAGUAAAAAACUAAAGAUUGACAAUGAAAAUAUGGAAUCAAAUAUAAAAAAACAAAAUAUUUUGAUAUUUAAAUAUCGAGAUUAUUUAAAAACAUUAAAUUCGAAAGUUUGGAAACAUCUUUUGGAGUAUAAUAAACAAGAAAUUCCCAGUUCAAAUAAUGAUGCAACUUUAGAUAGAUUAUCAGAUGCAAUGUCUUUUGGAACAUUACUGCCCUGUGAUGAAUGCAAAGGUCAAUUAGUGUUCAGAAGUGGUGUUGGAUAUCAUUGUUUAGGAUACAAGAAUGAAUGGUUAAAAUGUGAAAAAGUCUUUUCCGAUCCACCCAGAGUUAAAUUUGAGAUUCCUUCCCAUAUCCUUGAAAAUGAUAAAUUUUUGAGUUCAUACAAAUGUAAGAUUCAGAAACGAGUUUUUUCUGAAAAUAAAAAAUCUUCAUCGUCCGCAUCAUCAACAACAAACGAUAAGGGAGUGGCUAGAGUUACACGUAUUUUACCAUUAAGAAAUAUGGAGUUUACAACUAUUUACAAAGGUCCAGAAUUAAAAAAUUUGAAACUUAAAAUACCAAAAUAUGGUGGUACAUUAGUAUCGCAGUGCACAGAUUCAACAGCAGCGGUUUUUUCAAAUGCAGAAAGCGUUGGAAAAAAAUCUGUUAAAAUGAAAGAAGCCCAGGAAAAUAAUAUUGAAAUUGUUGAACCUACAGAAUUCUUUGAUGCUAUUGAUAAAGGUAGCAAUGCUAUAGAUGUAAUAACUGAGAAAAAUUUAGCCCCUUGGGGUGGAGAUAGUAGUAAGGUUAAAACACGAAUCGAAAAGAGACAAAAAGAGUUGGAAGCAAUAAAUAGUUUAAAAAGUGGUGUGAAAAGUAAAUCAUUUGGGAAAAGCAUGUAUGAAAAAAGUGUGCCCACUAGUAUUAAGCUGACAUUAAAAGGAGGAGUUGCUGUAGAGCCACAGUCUGAACUACAACAUAAGGCUCAUGUGUACAAGCAUAAUAAUGUAGUAUGGAAUGCAAAUUUAUGCCUAUCAGAUGUACAGAGUGGUAAAAAUUCCUACUAUAAGAUACAAUUACUUGAGUCUGAUAACAAAAACAGUUCUAGGUAUUGGGUUUUUCGUUCCUGGGGGAGAAUUGGUACAACUAUAGGAGGUUUCAAAACUGUUGAGCAUGAAACAUUAGAAGAUGCUAAAACGGAAUUUGAAUAUUAUUAUGAAGACCAGACUGGAAAUUUAUGGAAAAAUAAAAAUAGUUUUGUUAAAAUUGCGGGUAAAAAAGUACCUGUUGAUACUGAUUAUGGUCAGGACGAAACUAAAUCUUUAGAUACAUUUAGUAAUUUGAAAUGCAAGUUACCCGAUCCUGUUCAAAAACUCAUACGUUUGCUUUUUGAUGUCGAAGCAAUGAAAAGAGUCAUGUAUGAAUUUGAAUUGGAUUUACAAAAGAUGCCAUUGGGAAAGUUGAGCCGGAAACAAAUGCAACUUGCCUACACUACAUUGACCAAUUUAAAUAAUAUCAUGGACUCUGAUGAAGAAUGUAAUAAGCAAGGAAAAAUCAUUGAGACAACUAAUAGAUUUUACACAUUGAUACCGCAUGAUUUUGGUAUUAAGAAUCCACCACUAAUUAAUACCAAAGAAAUUCUCAACGAGAAAUUGGAAAUAAUUACUAAUUUAAUGGAAAUUGAAAUUGCUUAUAAUAUGAUGGAUGAUAAAUGUUCCAAAGAUUCUACAUUACAUCCUCUUGACUCCCAUUAUUUAAAACUAAAUUCUGUUAUAGAAGUAUUAGACUCUAAGAUGAAUGAGUUUUCAAUUAUUGAACAGUAUAUAAGAAACACUCAUGCUGAAACUCAUGGAACAUAUACAUUGGACAUUAAAGAUGUGUUUAAAGUGGUCAGGUCUGGAGAAGAAAAGCGUUUUAAACCAUUUAAAAAAUUGCACAAUCGUAAAAUGUUGUGGCAUGGUUCUCGUGUUACAAAUUUUGCUGCUAUACUUUCUCAAGGUUUACGUAUUGCUCCUAAAGAAGCUCCUGUGACUGGUUAUAUGUUUGGAAAGGGUAUAUAUUUUGCCGAUAUGGUCUCAAAGUCUGCAAAUUAUUGUAUGGCAACGCACACCAAUAAUAGUGGUUUAUUAUUAUUGUGUGAAGUAGCACUAGGAAAUAUGGAUGAACACAAGCAAAGUCAUUAUGUUGAGAAACUACCAGCUGGAAAGCACAGUUGUAAGGGUAUUGGCAGGACUAUGCCUAAUCCAGCUGAAUCAAUUUUGAUUGAUGACAAAGUCGAAGUACCGCUUGGGAAACCAGUUCCUUCAAAUGUUAAUGACACCGUGUUGUUGUACAAUGAAUUUAUUGUUUAUGACAUCUCUCAAGUAAAAAUUCGUUACAUGGUAAAAGUGGAUUUCAAUUUUCAAUACUAGUGAUAUACAUUUUAAUGUUUGUUUAUUGAUACUAUUAUUUGUGUGUUAUAAAAUUAAAACUUUCUCAUUAUUUUUAUCACUUAAUUUUUUUAGACUUAAAAAAGUUUUUUUAUUUAAGUUAUAAAUUGUUUUUUUUCGCAUAUACUUAUUGGUUAUUAAUUGUAAAGAAUACAAUUAUAUCUUAUUCUUAAAAAAAUGUUAAUU